CCCAAGAUGGCGGCGCCCUUGGCGCUGCAGCUGCAGGAGCUGCUGGACCCCCGGCCCGCCCCGCGGGACCCCGAGGAUGAUGCGGAGGAAGCUACAGUUGCUAAAGUGAUUGACAGGUUUGAGGAUGAGGGCACGGAUGACAUUUUGCCUGUUGGCAAUAUCAGGAAGAGAGCCUCAGCCUCUCUCCUGGAGGCUGAUAAGAGGUACAGUGGGAAAGCCACGUCUCGGAAGGCUCUGCAGGAGGAGCUCUGGGGAGAUGCUCUGUCUGAAGAAGGAUCUGCUGAAGAAGCACUGGAUGACUGGUACAGUGCCAGUGAAGGCUCAGAAGAGGAGGACAGUGCUGGCACCAAGGGCAGGGAGAAGCCCAGCAGUGCUGGCAGUGAGCAGGAGGAGGACCUGGAGGAUGAGGAAGAGGAUGAUGAAGAGGCCAAGGCACCCAAGUUCAGUUCCCAGAACAUCACAGACUUUGAGAAGUUUACAGAGGGCAUGGAUGAUGUGGGGAGCAGCGAAGGGGAGGAUGAAGACGAGGAUGAGGAUGAAGAUGAUGCUGACAUGGAAGAUGGAAACGAGGAAGAGGAGGAAUUUGGGAGUGAGAACCACGAUGAUGGAAAAGAAGCCAAAGACAGUGAAGAUGAUGGGGGAGUGCUGACCUUCUCCAGAGGACAGGAGUCUGAGGAGGUGGAGAAGGGCAAAGCUGUGAGGAACCAGCUAGCCCUGUGGGAUCAGCUGAUGGAAGGGAGGAUCAAGAUGCAGAAGGUGCUCCUGACAGCCAACAGGCUGCCCCAGCCAGACACCUACCCCAGGUUCAGGAAGGAGGGGGGACAGGACUUUGACCACGCUGUGGAGAACUGUUGUAAAGCCCUGGAGGCCUUGCUGAAAGUGCUGGUGGAGCUUCAGGAUGAGCUGCUUUAUCAGUACCCAGGCACGAGGCACCUGGUGGAUGGAAAGCAAGCAAAGACUGAGAGUGAGGAUGAAAUCCUGAGCAGCAGUGAUGAGGAGCCAGUGGAGAAGGCUCAGGAGAAGAGGAGGAGGCUCCCCAAGAGGAAGCUGAAGUUUGAGGAGUACCCAGAGUUCAUAGCCAAGCGCUACAGGGACUUCAGGAGCUACAGGAACAGCACCCUGCAGAAGUGGCACGACAAGACCAAGCUGGCAGCUGGCAAAAUGGGCAAGGGGUUUGGAGCCCUGGAGCGCUCGGUGCUGGCGCAGAUCGAGCACGUGCUGCUGGACAGGGAGCGCCUGCUGCGGCGCACGCAGACCCGCCGCUCGCUGUACACCGUGCUGGGCAGGCAGGAGCCCCAGCCCGCCCCAGCCCCUCCGCCCGGGCCUGCCAGCGAGGAAGUCCUCCCUGCCUCAGACUCCAACAGGCACCUGAAGGACAUUGAUGAGGAGAUAUUUGAUGAUGAUGACUUUUAUCACCAGCUCCUGCGAGAGCUGAUCGAGCGCAAAACCACAGCCCUGGACCCCAACGACCAGGUGGCCAUGGGCAGGCAGUGGUUGGCCAUCCAGAAGUUACGGAGCAAAAUAAAGAAGAAAGUGGACAGGAAAGCCAGCAAAGGGAGGAGAAUCCGGUUCCACGUCCACAGCAAGCUGGUGAGCUUCAUGGCACCUAUUGACCCCUGCACAAUGAAUGAUGAUGCCAGGACGGAGCUGUACCGGUCUCUGUUUGGAAAAGUCACAAAGGGAGAAGAAGCAGAGCAGAAUUAGGAGCUGGGAUUGAGCUCCUGGUGUCACAAAAAAAGAAGAAGCAGAGCAGAAUUAGGGGCUGGAUUGAGCUGCUGUGUUCUCCUGCCCUCAGCUGCUCCCUCAGGCUGCCCAGCCUCAGAAUCUCUGUGGUCAGAACGACCCCAAGAUGCCUUAGAAAGUCUCUUUUCCCAGCCUGGCAGUCAAAGGAGGAGUCAGAAUUCUUCUGUUCUGGUUUUUAAGGUUGUUUAUUUUCUGUUAUCUAUAAAAUUCUUUCCCUGGCUGCUGAGGUCUGUCCAGCAGGUCAGACAGAGGCACAUUGACUGCCCUCAGAGGCAGUCUUGUCUUUUGUACUAAAAACUAUGUGUAUUUUAUUUACAAUAAUUUUCCAAUAACAUUAUUUACAGUAAUUUCCCAAUACCUA